GAGAUAAGGCAUAUUCCUGGCAAUGGGAACUCAUGUAGUUGAAUGCUCACAAAAGCAAGAGGAAGGUGAACACAUUUUCCGGAGUAGAUAUCCUCCGGUCCAUGUACCAGACAACGUGACUCUCCCGGAUUUUGUACUUCACAAUGUAGAGUUAUACGCUGACAGACUGGCGUUUGUGGAUGCUACCACUGGCAAAGGCUACACUUAUGGCGAAGUUGAAAGAGACAUAAGGAGGUUUGCCAAGGCCUUGAGGUCCCUUGGCUUAAGAAAAGGAAGGGUUGUGUUGGUAGUGCUUCCAAAUGUACCGGAAUAUGCUAUUGUUGCUCUCGGAAUCAUGGCUGCUGGUGGUGUCUUUUCAGGUGCAAAUCCCGCAGCUCAUUCAUCGGAAAUUAUGAAACAAGUAGAAUCUGCUGAUGGCAAGCUUAUUGUCUCUGAUCUACCAACCUAUCACAAGGUGAAAGAUUGUGGGCUGCCAGUAAUAAUACUAGGUGAAGAACGUGUAGAAGGAACAAUUCAUUGGGAUGAAUUGCUCGAAGCUGCAGAUCGUGCCAGUUCCAGAACUGAUCACUUAACAAACCAAGAAGAUGAAAUUGUGCAACAAAGUGAUCUAUGUGCACUGCCCUUUUCAUCAGGCACGACAGGACUAUCCAAGGGAGUGAUGUUAACUCACAGAAAUCUAGUAGCAAACCUCUGCUCUACACUCUUUAGCAUUAGUCCAGAAAUGAUAGGUCAAGUUACGAUACUAGGUCUGAUACCAUUCUUUCACAUUUAUGGUAUAACCGGAAUCUGUUGUGCAACCAUUAGGAACAAAGGGAAAGUGGUUGUCAUGCGUAGGUACGAACUGAGGGCAUUUCUAAAUGCACUCAUCACACAUGAAGUCUCAUUUGCACCUAUCGUGCCACCUAUCAUCUUGGCACUUGUUAAGAAUCCGAUCGUUGAUGAAUUUGAUCUCAAAAAGCUUAAGCUUAGAUCCAUAAUGACAGCAGCUGCUCCACUUGCCCCUGAGAUUCUUAAUGAAUUUGAGAAGAAAUUUCCGGAUGUUCAGGUCCAAGAGGCAUAUGGGAUGACUGAGCACAGCUGCAUUACUCUUUCCCACAGCAAUCAGCACAUUGCUAAAAGAAAUUCCGUUGGUUUUAUUCUGCCUAAUUUGGAGGUAAAGUUCAUUGAUCCUGAUACCGGUAGAUCUCUCCCCAAGAACACACCAGGCGAGAUAUGUGUCAAAAGCCAAUGUGUUAUGAAGGGUUACUACAAAAAUGAAACCGAGACUAGCCUUACAAUUGAUACGGAUGGGUGGCUUCACACUGGUGACAUUGGCUACAUAGACGAUGAUGGUGAUAUCUUUCUAGUGGAUCGUAUCAAAGAGCUUAUCAAGUACAAGGGAUUCCAAGUUGCACCAGCUGAAUUAGAGGGGAUCCUUCUCACACAUCCUUCAGUGGAAGAUGCUGCAGUAGUUGGGCUACCAGAUGAAGAAGCAGGAGAGAUACCAGCAGCAUGGGUAGUAUUGAACUCAAAAGCAAAAGAAAGCCAUGAGGACAUCAUCAACUACGUUGCAUCAACCGUUGCACAGUAUAAACGAGUGAGAGUGGUGCAGUUUGUGGAUAGUAUUCCGAAAUCUCCUUCUGGAAAAAUAAUGAGAAGACUUAUCAAGGAAAAGAUGCUAGAAAGACUUAAAGAGGGAACAUAGUGAUGUUACAAAUACAAAAACUUUACUUGCAGUGGACAACUUACUCCAGAAGAACAAUAAAACACAAUGGUGUUAUUUCAUAUUAAAAAAUGAGAUCUAAUCGUAGAUUGUAAAAGACCUUAUUCGAUUAAACCAAA